AUGUCUGCCUGGAGAAAAGCUGGAAUUACUUACAACGGUUACGUUAACAUCGCAGCACAAACUGUUCGUAAGGCUUUGAAAAAUGAAUUGAAGACAAACACUGUUUUGGCUAGAUCCAAGACUGAAGCUAAAUUCGUUAGUUUCGAAAAUGGUGCCCCAAAGGGUGAACCUGUCCCAAUUCAACAAUAA